AUGAGCUCCGAAGGGAGUGUAGCUUAUUGCACUCUUCUAUUGAGCGACCAUUAUCUCCCUGGAGCCGUGGUCCUCGCUCACUCCUUGCGCGACACUGGAACAAACGCGAAACUGGUGGUCCUCUACACGCCGGACAGCUUACAGCCGGCUACCAUUCAGGAGCUUCGGACGAUAUACGAUGAACUUAUCCCCGUUCACCCGAUGACGAAUAGCACCCCGGCGAACCUCUGGCUGAUGGAACGUCCGGACCUGAUAGCCACGUUUACUAAAAUCGAGCUCUGGCGACAAACGCAAUUCCGGCGCAUUGUAUAUAUUGACUGUGAUGUUGUGGCGCUCCGAGCCCCCGACGAGCUGCUCGAUCUCGAGGUGGAUUUUGCCGCCGUCCCGGAUGUCGGCUGGCCGGAUUGCUUUAACAGUGGGUUGAUGGUGCUGCGGCCCAACCUGGAGGAUUAUUUCGCCCUCCAGGCGCUCGCAGAACGAGGCAUUAGUUUUGAUGGCGCGGAUCAGGGGUUGCUGAAUUUGCAUUUCAAGGACUGGCAUCGGCUCAGUUUUACCUAUAACUGCACCCCCAGCGCGAAUUAUCAGUACAUACCGGCCUACAAACAUUUCCAGAGUACAAUUAACCUGAUCCAUUUUAUCGGAUCCCGGAAACCCUGGAACAUGCCGAGGCAGGUGGAUCCGGCUGAUUCGCCUUAUAACCAGUUACUGGGCAGAUGGUGGUCGAUUUACGAUCGGCAUUAUCAUCCCGUCGCGAGUGCUACGAGUGUACCGAAAUAUACCCCGGAAUACAAUUAUCAGCCAGAGGGCGAGCCAUCUCCUCUACAAGAUGAUAGUGCAACUCAUCAACCAGACCCGCCUGUGGAGCCAUCUUCAUCGACAGCAUUUGAGCAUAUUCCGUCAGACCAAAGUUUCCCGAGCUUUCAGGGACCGCCGACGGAAACACAGCCCGUGAUAUCUUCAGAACCGGCCUGGACACAAAUGCCGGUGCCGCAGCCAGUAUCGAGACAAGAAGAUUCUACGCCACAUCAAGCGGGAUAUAGCGAACAUCAUGACCCCGUCACUAUAGAGCCGCCCGUGGACAUACCGCAAGCACAAAUAGAAGAACCUCAGUCGAAUAUUGACCGAAACGUGCAAGCUCCCUUCUUCAGUGCUGUUCCACAAUAUGUCCGUGGAGAAGAACACAUAUCGGCUUAUAUACAGCCGCAACCGCAUGGGGCUCCGUCUGUCACGCAUAUAGAGCAGCGAUCCUGGGCCCAACCAGACGUCGGCCCACCGACCUCAUACCCGUCAUCUUCGGGUUUUAUUGAGACCCAAGCCAGUGACCAACCAGAGGAGUUUGUUCAUCGAGAGGAGGAGCAUUCAUCAGAGCGAUCCACGCCUAGGCCUGAAACCCCGACUUUUGAAGCUCCCAAGGCAGAAUGGGACGCACCUCAUGAGCCCCCGCCUCUGAACAGCAAGCCUGAAGCGAUUGCGUUGGAACUAAAGACAUAUACUAUGUCCGAGAAUAACCAGCUGUUCCAACCGCCUGUCGCCUACCCAGAAGCCCCCAAGAAUAUGUACUAUGAUGUUCCGGAAACUAAACCUGAGCCUGAAAAGCUUACGCAAAUAUUCCCCUGGGAAAGUCACAUGCCCAAGCCCACUCGAGUGUUUGUGAAUGAUGAUCAAAGUACCCUUCCGAGCCCAAGCAGCACAAGGAUCUCUACAGAAUCUUCCAAAGAAGACUCGAUGACGACGCCAUCUCUGGAAUCCACUUUUACCUGGACUUACAGCGAGCCUCCGGAGUCAUGGGAGAACUAUACCAGGUCCAAUGCAUGGGACGAUGUCCCAGAGAUCCAACGGUAUAUUCAAUCGAUCCAGCAAGCUCGGAAGGCCAAGGUCCAGGUGAUAUCGGGCGCAUCCAGUUCUGGGCAAAGAAUCUCAGGCCAAGCAAUACAGGAGCCAGGCUCAGACACGCGGUUGACUCAUUUCCCCAGUGAAAUUGAGCGUCCAAGUCUGCCCGUAACGCCCAUGCCCAUCAGAAGAAGAUCGUCACACUUCAACACAUCAGAAGAAGAGGACUACGUCACGGGCCAACUACCCGUUGCCGAAGGAGUGCCGAACCAGGAGGACUGGAAUCCGUUGACACACCUCGAAGAGCUGCAGCGGCGUCAGUCCGAGGUUCUAGAGAACCCAGAUCUACUCAUUGAAAGAAUUGCAGCCGCAGCAGCAGGCUCUUCUCCGGAUUGA